AUGCCGCCGGCUCGUCCGUGCGCCAAUCCUCUCUUCCUGCAGUGGCUUGAAGAACUUCGCGACAGCGCGCGCGAAAAGGGUCUCAAGACUGCAGACGUCUACCAGAAGGGGUGUCGCUCACUUGCGGCAUGUCCCAUCGCGUAUGACCGCCCCCGCCAGCUUGUCCAGCUGCAGGGUAUUGGACCGAAGACCGUGGAGAUCCUCGAGAAAAAGCUCAAGGCGCACUGUGAAGCAAAUGACCUGCCCAUGCCGGUGUCACCGCCAAAACGUGCACCCGCCCGCUCGCGCGCCCACGCUACGCCAGCGCUAGGCGACGAUGACGACGACGAGGAAGACGAGACACCGCCACCACCGAAGAAGAAGAAGACGGCCGCUAAGCCAAAGGCCUACAUUCCUCAACGAGGGUCAGGGCCAUAUGGCAUUCUCAUCGGCCUUCUUCUGUCCAUCUCCAACCCGCAGGACACAAUCCAGGUGUUCUUGACCAAAGGGGAGCUGAUCCGUGCCGCCCAGCCCUACUCUGAUAGCAGCUAUGACCACAGCGAGCGUGGCAACUUCGCCACUGCGUGGAACGGCAUGAAGACCCUCACAAGCAAGGGAUAUGUGAUUGUGCAGGGGAGCCCUAGUCGGUACUGCCUGACAGAGGACGGAUACGAUGUCGCGGCGACCCUCAGGAACCUCCACCCCGACUUUGCCAACCACCCCAAGAUCCCACCACUGGCACGCAACGACGAACCAGCUGGAGAUGAACCACGGGCCAGCAUGGAGCCUCGAGCUGCAGCGGGUUCGCCUUCCAAGUUUCUCUUCUGGUACAUUGACUCCAAGGGCCAGCGAGUCAAGGAGGUAUCAUCGGCCCGCAUGCGCCUCGACCCCGAGGAGUUUGUUGCCCUCCGACGUAUCGAGUUCCGCGCCUCUCAGCGAAACCAUGUAAUCGUCUCGCAGCUGCGCAUGGUCGAUGCCGACGAGUCACUCAGCGCAUCGGGCCUGUCAACCCUGUUUGCAUACAUUCUCGAAGAUGGCGCACCACCUCGCUGCAGUUGCUUCAGCGACGAAGUAGAGUCGGCAGCCCCCUCGCCUGUUCGCCCCUCGACGCGUCCCUCCUUGGCACUGCCUGUGCCGGGUCCCUCCCGCCCACGCGCACCACGGCUUUCAUCCCAGCUGCCACUUCUCAACGACACUCGUCCACCACCGCCAGCUGCCAAUCAGUUCAAGACAUCAGAUGCCAUAACCUUUCGUCAUGGCUCGUACGAGAUUGUCCUUGUACUGGACACGCGUGAAGUCGAGUCGAGGUCGAACCGUGACAAGAUUGCGGAGAGCCUGGAAGCCAAAGGCGUCCGCGUCGAGACACGUGCUUUGCGCAUGGGUGACAUGUGCUGGGUAGCACGCAGGCUAGACGGCGACGGCGGCGAAGAGGACGAGUGCGUGCUCGACUACGUCAUUGAACGCAAGCGCUUGGACGACCUGUGCUCUAGUAUCCGCGAUGGGCGGUACAACGAGCAGUGCUUCCGCCUGUCUCAAUCUGGUGUCGGCAACGUCUUCUAUGUGGUCGAAGACUGGCAGCUCGCCGGCGCCAUGGAAUCGCACGGCAAGCAGAUCAUGACCGCCAAAUCCCAGAUCCAGGUAGUCAACGGCUUCUUCCUCAAGGAAACCCACAAGCUGUUGGACACGAUUGAGUUUCUCGCCAUGAUGACCCGCGUGAUCAUCAAGUCACACAGGGACCUCAAGGUCAUUCCCAGCCGCUUCAUUUCCCGGACCAGCUACUCUGCGCUGCAGCGCCGCCUCAGGACCGACCACUCCCCAACGGUUUACCUCACCUCGUUUGACGCGUACCAGGCCCUCAACGACAAGUCGGCGGCGCGGACCCUGCGUGAGGUGCUGGGCCGCAUGCUCCUGUGCGUGCGCGGUAUGAGCCCCGAGCGCGUUGCUGCCAUCCUCGACAGAUGGGAGACGCCUAGGCAGCUUUACGACGCCAUGGUCGAGCGCGAGAAGAAGGGUGUGGUGGUGGACGGCAGGAAGAAGCGCGGACCAGAGCUGUUCUUUGCCGACGAAGUUCAGGGAGAGGGACGGCGUAAGAUUGGAGAUGCGCAAAGUAAAGAGUUGUGGAAGUGCCUCUGGGGCAACGACGCCGACCUCGACGAUUAG